UUGAUCAUAUAACACGCUUUUAAAUUGACAAUGGGCAAGUAGUCGAGGCAAUGAGUCAAGCGCGUCAAAACAACCUACCAGUGAUUCAAAAUAUAACGGUCGGCUUUCGAUAUACUACCGUGGAUGAACAUCCGCAAUCAUGGACGAUUAGACGGAACGUUCUCAAGACGGAGCAUGGUUUAAAGUGUUGUGGCAAUUUAGCUCUCUUCGUGAAGGUGCGAGCAUUGGGUACCAUCAUUCUAAUUCAAAGUGGGAGUUUUACCAUUGUGGGCGCGAAAGCGAUUGAAUCAAUAUGGAGCAUUCAUCGGAUCAUGGCUGCCAUCAUUCAUCCAUUGAAAUAACGUAUCCUGAAGAUGAAUGUGUGUGUACCCAAUGUGGAAUGGUUAGGGAUAAAAACUAUUUUGACACACGCAACAUAGUUAUUGAUGAAUUGGAGGAUUGUGAAAUUCGAAAUCGUUUAACCAACAUCAUGAUCAACAUACACAUUCCCUUGGGGAUUUUAGAUUUAACAAUGUUCACAUAUCGCCAAUUCAGAUGCGAUGAUCGUUUGUCAAAGUUUAAAAACAUUAUUAUCGGCAUAUUUGCUCUAUACGAUACCCUGAAUACAGAGGGAAUCACGAGAAAUGAACAUGAAUUAUGCAAUGUGGCUGACAUUGAUCCUCAUAAACUAUGGUGCAUUCAAAAAAUCCUAGGCUAUGAAUCCCGUGCCACAUCCAGCUCGUUCAUCGAGCGAAUGAGUGUUGAAUUGAAUUUCCCAUUUUUUCUCCAAAAUGAUGAGUUGGACCUCGUUGAUCGCAUUAAAGAAACCAGUUAUUCUAAGCCGGGCACAGUUAUCGCAUGUUCAUUUUAUAAAGUCAUUCAAGAUAGACAACUGGAAAUUGAAAUAACAAAAAUUUGCCAGGCUGCGUCCGUGUCUAAAACAUCUGUCAUUAAUCUGUACAAGCAAAUUCAAAAUAUUGUGUAGUAUGUAUUGUUAAAUGUAUAAUCUGUGUUGAGUGAAAAUAAAUUCAUCACCACACCAUCAUUGACAUCAUCAUCUUCAUGUAAAUCAUAUCGUUUGUCAUUGUAGAUUGUCAUAGGCCAUGUUUGUGUAGAUAUGACUUUAAUCAUGAGUCAAUUCAGCACCACACGCUCGUCCAUGUUCCUUGCGCGGCCAAAUCGAUUGUUGUGCAAUUCAGCGGCGGACGCUCGUCCAUGUUCCCUGUUAUAUAAACCCAAUCUUUAUUCAACAUUUAGUUCUCAUAUGUUUAACAUCGUUACUCCGGCAUCUAUCAUAAACAAUCCAGUUCACGCACAAGAUUCAGCAGUUUAACAUUAUCUCACCUCCAUCUAUUAUAAACAUUCGGCAUAAUGAUGACGAGUGGCAAUACUAGUGGCAAACCAUUUUUUUGUGACCUGUGUCAAGUGGGAUUUAGUCGAAAGAACGCAUUGGAAAAUCACAAUCAGAGAAAACAUUCGGACACACCAAUGCAUUAUCAGUGUUGGGUUUGUGGUCUCAACUUUGACACUAUUGCAGGGGUGUCAUCGCAUCGUCGGACACAUAUGCACCCAAACUCAUUUGUGGAAAGGCAAAGAGCUUUUCACGGCAUGGCUCGAUCAUUUGAAUAUGAUGUAACUCUCGAGAAUGAGAAUGAUAUCCGUCGAGUCUUGGUCAUAAUCAAACAUGAUCUUUUACAAUUACUCCGGACAAUUCUCGCUACAGGUCGUUUUAAAAUUGCCAUCGUGGUUAUUGUGGAAUGUAGUAAGACAAACGAAAAUGGUGAGAUUGAUGAUAUUCUCUUCGUUCCUUUUCGAUCUGACUCCUUUACCACUCAUCCCGAAGAUGAUUUAGAAUUGUACAUUCAUGAUAGUUUCAAUUCGAUUGAUGUAAAAAUGGACAAUUUUCACGAGCAUGGAUCAUUCUGGAAAGUUGAGCGAAUUCUUUACAUUCGUGUAGAAUCAUCUAAAUGCUCUACUUUGAAUGGUGGCUGUAACUUAUUGGCCGUAAACCAUCCUAAACAAUUGAAAACCCCCCACAUUCGUCGGGAUGCAUAUACCCGUAAUGAUUGUUUUUUAUCGGGCAAUUGCAUCUCAUUUCACCAACAGUUCUGAUGAUAUUGUUAUUGACUCGUUCAUUAAUCAAUCUAUCAAGAAACUUCACUCGGGUGAUGUACCUGUACAAGUUCGAGACAUUGGCAAAUUCGAGCGAAUGAAUCAUGAACUUUCACUCCGCGUCAAUGUGUUAUAUAUGGAGGGGGAUGAUAUUUAUCCCAUUCGAACAUCUCACAACUUUAAUGGUGCAAAUGUUGUCAAUUUAGCCCUUUAUAAUUGCCUUCAAGCGGGAAAAGUCGUUAGUCAUUACAGUCUGGUUCAAUGUUUAGAUACAUUUAUACGCAAAACUUAUCGUAAUGACAAUGGUAAAAAAACAUAUCAAAAAUGUCAUCCAUGCCCCAAUUGCUUUCAAAAACUAUCAAGUCCAACACUUUUGAAGGAUCAUAUGAAUGCUUGUUUGAAUAAUACUCCUAGACGAUUGGAAUUCCCACCCGAAGAGAAAAACAUCGCAUUUGAACAUUUUGUUAGAAAAUUUAAAGCCCCAUUCAUUGCUUUUUUUGACAUGGAGAGUUGUUGUCAAGACCCGCAUACUUCUUGCUUUAGAUCGUGUCAACCGAAUCAAUGUCAUCAUCACAGUUCAACAUUUAAAGAACAAGUAGCUGUCUCAUAUUCAUUAAUCAUUUUGGAUUUCAAAUAUGAGAUUGUCCUACAACAGCAUUACGCUGGUUAUGAUUGUAUUGUUAAUUUACAGCAAACGCUUGCCAUAGCUCGUCAACGAAUUGACAUAAUUGUUAAGGAUAUCAUUCCUAUGGUUUUGAGCGUUGAUGAUUUAAUCAGAUUUGAACAGACCCAGGCCUGUCAUAUUUGUGAGCGUGAUUUCAUCCGUUCGGAUGACAUCGUGGUAAGGGAUCAUUGUCACUUGACAGGAAAAUUUCUAGGUGCCGCUCACAAUGUUUGUAAUCUCAAUCGACCAGAACCCAGGAUGGUACAUAUUUAUUGUCACAAUUUCAGUGGAUAUGAUUCUCAUUUGAUAUUGAUACAUUUAAAAUUAAAUCAGGAUUGUCCAACUAUUGAGUGUAUGGCUCUGAAUACAGAAAAAAUUAGGACUCUGAAACUUGGAAAUUUCAUUUUCCUUGAUUCAAUGUCAUUUUUACAAGGAUCAUUAGCUGAAUUGGUCAAUGAUUUGGCUAAAUCUGGAUCGCAAUUUAGGGUGCUGGAACAAAUGGGAUUGGCUCAAGAUAUGAAUAAACAUAAUUUUUUACUUCGAAAGGGUGUUUUUCCAUAUGAGUUUGCUUCGAGUAUUGAGAAGCUGAAGGCGACCACCAAUAUGCCUGUCAAGGAAAUGUUUUUCAAUCAUCUCACAGACUCAAUGGUGAGUGACGAGGACUAUAAUCAUGCAACGAAAGUUUUUGAAGAAUUUAGUUGUUGCAAUAUGUUAGAUUACAUGAUGCUUUACAUGAAGCUAGAUACAGCUCUCUUGGCGGAUGUGUUUAUUAAUUUUCGUGAGACUAUGCAUGACAAGUUUCAACUUGAUCCUUGUCAAUAUAUUUCAUUACCGGGAUAUGCAUAUGGUUGCAUGAUGAAAUUGACCGGAAUUCACAUUGAUCAUAUUCGAGAUCCUGACAUGUUUUUGCUACUUGCGCAAAACAUUCGAGGUGGUUUUUCUUUUAUUGGACAACGAUUGGAAACUGAUCAAACUAAAUCUAAAACUUUUGUUUGUAAUGAUCGAAAACAAAUGAUUCCAUCCAAGCGCAACAACAUACUGUACAUUGAUGCUAACAAUUUGUAUGGCUGGGCACAAUGUCAAUCACUGCUUAUUGGGGAAUAUCAAUUUCUUUCAUGUAAUGAAAUAGAUUGUUUAAAUGUGAUGGAUCUCGGUGAUCAUGAUGAUUAUGGAUAUAUCUUUGAGGUGGAUAUGGAAUAUCCAUCAUCAUUACGUGAUGCUCAUCAAAGCUUCUACCGUUAGCUCCUGAAAAGCAAACAAUCACAAUUGACUUGCUUUCUACAUAUCAAAAAAAAAAUGUCGGCAAAAGUUGAAUAUGAAAAACAAAAGCUCGAACAAACUCACGGCAACAUUUUUUGACCGAAAAACAUAUGUUGUUCAUUAUGUCAUUUUAAAACUAUACUUAAAAUUGGGUAUGAAAAUCGCAAAAACAUUUAGAGUCAUCAAGUUUCGUCAAUCGCAGUUUUUAAAGAAUUACAUCGAUUAUUGCACUGAAAUGCGUCAAAGUUCUCAAACAGACUUCAAAAAACGCUGGUUCAAAUUGAUGGCCAAUUGCAUCUAUGGCAAGUUUAUUGAAAACACAUCCAAGCAUUUGCAAGUUAAGUUUGCGCAAACAGAAGAAAAACUGGUACACUAUACUACUAGUCCCAGAUUUAUGAAUAAUUUAAUUAUCUCGCCCGACCUAGUUGCAGUCUUCCUACAAUCAUCUUCAACCAUAGCUAAACAGGCCUAUGCCAUUGGCUUCAGCAUUUUAGAUUUGAGUAAAGCUUUCAUGUAUACAUCGUAUUAUGAAAACAUUGUACCCGCAUUCGAUGGUAAAUGUAAAGCUUUAGUGAGUGACACCGACAGCUUGCUCAUUUCAACACCGUUUACCACUAAUCCAUUUUUCAAAUUUAUACAUAUCUUAGACACUUCAAACUUUGACCUUGACCAUCCUCUGUUUAGUGAGUCUCGUCGAUCUGAAUUAGGAUAUUUCAAAUCCGAAACCGGUUCCAGGUUGGUUACACGAUUUGUUGGGUUGCGAUCAAAAUGCUAUGCUUUCGAGACGCAUGUUUCAUCUGACACGAUCAAAUGCAAGGGUGUGUCCAAAAUAUUCAAGAACAAAAUCCCACUGAGUAACUUUGAACAAUGCAUUCGCAUUAUAACAUCCAUUCGAGUCAAUCAGUUUUCCAUGCAUAGCGUAAAUCAUUCUCUUAGAAUUGUAAAUAGUAAUAAAUUAGCUUUUUCUUGCUAUGAUGACAAACGAUAUAUUUUACCCUUUGGCAUUCAUACAUUGCCUUAAGGUAGUUGUGACAUUGUCAAAAACUCUGUUGUAUGCUCCUUUUGUUGUUAACCAAAAUGUUUCUCAAAAAUUGCUGUAACACGAUUUACAUGUUGUUUCAUCUUAAUGUUUUGUACAUUUAUAUUUCAUUAUUGUCAUGUUCUUUCAUGUUCAAUAAAAGACAAUCGUCAUAAC